GGGGAGAAGUUCUGCCCGGGCGAGCACCAGCACAUCCGCUACAACCCGCUGCGGGAUGACUGGGUCUUGGUCUCCGCCCACCGCAUGCGGCGCCCCUGGCAGGGGCAGGUGGAGAAGCCUCCCCGAGAGGAUGUUCCGCGCUGCGACCUGGCCAAUCCGCUGUGCCCCGGGGCUAAGCGAGCCAACGGAGAGGUGAAUCCUGAAUACGAGAGCACGUUUGUCUUUGACAACGAUUUCCCUGCAUUGCAGCCGGAUGCCCCCGAGCCUGGUGCUGGUGAACACCCUUUGUUCCGCGCAGCGUCUGCUCGAGGCGUGUGCAAAGUCAUGUGCUUCCAUCCCUGGUCAGACCUCACUCUGCCCCUCAUGUCGCUCGCCGAGAUCCGGGCCGUGAUUGACAAAUGGACGGAAGUCACUGUGGAGUUGGGGGCCUCCUAUCCGUGGGUCCAGAUCUUUGAGAACAAAGGAGCCACGAUGGGCUGUUCCAAUCCUCACCCCCAUUGCCAGAUCUGGGCCAGUAACUUCCUCCCCAAUGAAGCCACCCUGGAAGACCGGACACAGCAGAAGCACCAUCGCGAGCAGGGCGUCCCGAUGCUUCUUGAAUAUGCCCAGUUGGAGGCUGAGAGGAAGGAGCGGAUCGUGGUGGAGAACUCGGACUGGCUGGUGGUUGUCCCCUACUGGGCGGUGUGGCCUUUCCAGACCCUCCUGCUGCCGCGGCGGCACGUCUCCCGCCUCCAGGACCUCCGCGACAGCGAGAGAGACAGCCUGGCUUCCAUCAUGCAGAGGCUGCUCACCAAAUACGACAAUCUCUUCCAGAUCUCCUUUCCCUAUUCCAUGGGCUGGCACGGGGCCCCGACAGGGCCGUACUUGAAUGCCGACUGCAGCCACUGGCAGCUGCACGCCCACUACUACCCGCCCUUGUUGCGUUCGGCCACGGUCCGCAAGUUUAUGGUUGGUUAUGAAAUGCUGGCACAGGCUCAAAGGGACCUGACUCCAGAGCAGGCUGCUGAGCGUCUGAGGAACCUGCCCGAGGAGCACUUCCGGCUGAGUCGGAGGGAAGCCGCAUAG